CCGACUGCUGUAUAAGAAGCGAGCACUUCGUAAGCGAACUUCAGCGCCGUGGCAGAGGAACUACUCCUGUUUACGACAAUAUAAUGGAGCCCGGAUGGUUGAAGAACGUUUGCAGGCGUGUUUUAUGGCCUGGAUAUUUGUUAUUUGUUGUAUUUGGACCUGCGUCUGCGAUCGAUAUAUAUACAGACUCUGAAGUGACAGUGCAGAACGGCACGGCGGGAAUUCUGCGAUGCACCUUUAAGUCCAGCGAAGUGGUCACCAAAGACACCACUGUGACCUGGAGCUUCCAGUCAAAUCAGCCCGACCAUCAGUACUCCAAAGCACCGUAUGUGAUUUACUACUUUUCUAACGGGAAAGAAUAUCCAGGCACAGAUGAAUUUAAAGAGAGGCUGCGGUUUAUUGGAGACAUCAACAAGAAGGAUGCCUCAAUACAGCUGAGUCCGGCUCUGUUCAGUGACAACGGGACCUUCUUCUGCGACGUGAAGAACCCACCGGAUGUAACAGGAACCCAGGCUCGAACGGAGCUCAGGGUCGUUCUGAAAGAGUCGAUGCCUCAGAGCAACACAAAGAUUAUAAUCGGAGCAGUUUGUGGUGCUUUAAUUCUGCUCAUCUUCAUCGCUGUAGCUGCCUGCUUCGCUAUAAGGGUGCUUCACAACCGGCACGAUUACGAAGGAUGUACCACCCUGGAAGGCGUGAGCUCUGAUGCUCUGCGGCCAAUAAAGAAGGUGGAGUCCAGCCGGGAGGGCUCCAGGUGUACCAGCCCCUCGGGUCCGCUGCAGGGCCCGGUGAUAUACGCCCAGUUGGAUCACUCGGGCAGUAAAAACUCGUUCCAUAAGAUGGAGCCUGUGGUCUACGCCGACAUCCGUAAAAACUGAAGAUGGGGACCAAACAGUAAAAAAAAAAAAAAAAUCAAUACAUAAGAAAACAAAGUAAAGUAUGAGACCUCUCUAUUAGCUGCUUUGGGAAGGGUGGGAAAGGUUUAACAGGGACAGAAUUGGUGCAGUUUCUCUCUAUUCUCUUCUUUCCCCACAUUUUGUGCUCUGACAGCAUGUUAUAUGAUAAAGUAAUGUCUCCAUGUGCUUUGUUGUGACUCUAAAAAAAAAAAAAGGUAAGAAAACACCCCAGUUGACACUACAUCAGCCUUUUUUUAAACAGUUUUCCAAUGCCGGGAUCAAGGUGAAAAUGGCGCCCUCAUUGACAUCAUUCCAGGUGUAAAUUAUUUUAUUUCAACCCUUGUAUUGUUGUGCCCCCAUAGCCUCACACAUGCCCGACAUAUUACAGAUAUGCAGGCUGUUGCACCAACUCAACCAAACUUUUAAGACUUCAGUGUCUUAAGAAGUGAAAGGAAUGCAGAAAUGUCAGUUUAAUCAAAGCAAAGUUUAGUUUUGAUCAAAGAAAGUAAGGUACC